CAUGAACCCUAAAAGAAGAAGACUUUCUUCUUCUAAACCUUCUUUAACCAAAAACCCUGAACCAGAUUGGUCUGAGCUUCAACCUGAACUUCUACAACUUAUACUUUCAAAACUAUCUUUCAUUCAAAUCCUCCGUUUCAAGGCAGUUUGUUCUUCUUGGCAUUCCGUUGCAAAUUAUUUUCUCUCUUCUUCAUACUUCACUCCAUUCUCUAGACCACCAUUGCUCCUCCUUCCUGCUAACCAAGAACAACAUGAUUCUGACACUCGCUGUUUGUUUAGUCUUGAGGACCAAAAGAAGUACUAUAUUAAGAACAUAGGCAAAAAGCUUGGUGAAGAUUCUUGGUGCAUUGGAUCCUCUCAUGGCUGGCUAGUAGUUUUAGACAAUGAAGCUAUACCUUUCCUUCUCAAUCCUUUCUCGCAAUCUCAAAUUCAACUCCCUUUAUUAGAUUUUUCAAAGUUUGGUGUUCGUAAGUCCUAUUUCAUUGACUAUCUAAGGAAAGUUUCUAUUACCAAAGCUGUUUUACUGUCUGCUCCAUCAAAUAACAACUACAACAACUAUAAUACUGUUGUAUUAAUGUACGGAUACCGUUCUACAAGGCUCGCAUUUUGCAAGAUUGGAGAUUCUGCAUGGAGCACCGUUCUUGAUGGUGUAUCUAAUAAUAACCAGGAUUACUGCGACAUUAUUUGCUUUAAUGAUCUUGUUUAUGCGUUAACGGUUAAUAUUUCGAUUGAAGUUUGGGAUUUUAGUGCUUCCUUGCCAAGAAAGAAAAGUGUAAUUCAUGCUUCAAUUCCAAGAACAAUGACAGAAGCUAUAGAGACUUAUAGAGGUUCACAUUUUAGCCGAAGUUAUUUAGUGGAAUCAUGUGGUGAGAUUUUGUUUAUAAUUAGGUUUAUAGGAAAUUUUGUUAAUCAAGAAGGGGAAGUUGUUGAUGAAGAAUAUCUUUUGAGUGAUGCAGAUACGCAGCCUUUGGUUUGUCCUUAUAGAACAAAAAAUUUCCAUGUUUAUAAGUUGGAUGGGAGAGAGCAGAAAUGGGUCGAAGUGGAGAGUUUGAAGAAUCAAGCUUUAUUCAUUGGAGGUAACCAUUCAAUGUCAGUUUCAGGUCAAGAUUUUUCAGGGUUCGAAAAGAAUUGUAUUUACUUUACAGAUGAUAACUGGGAGCAGAUGAAUGAAGAUUACUUGUAUGGAGGUCAUGAUCUUGGCAAGUUCAACCUUGAAGAAAAGAUUGUGAAACCAUUUUGUGAGUUUGAUGAUUUAGAUGAGAGUAAAAUUGAUCCACCACCUUUUUGGAUUUUUCCAAAUCCAUGGUGAGUAACUGAGAAAUAUGAUUCUUAGUUACUGUUCUGAAUCUUUCUUUUACG